AUGCCGCCAAAGGUGUCGUCGCCCGAGUUGCACGAGCCGUACGAGAAUUAUCUCUGCUACGGGACUGGGAUAAAAAAAUCCGACGACGAUCCGAACGAAUCUGACUCGGACUCCAAUGUCGACGAGACGGACGAUGAAUUCCGUCCGGACUUUAAUGAUCGUUGGGGUGCCAUGGCAGGUAAAUUGGAGGUGAAUCAACUAUGGCGUGAUGUCCACGCAGCCUUCAUGACACAAAAUUCAAUGCUGGAUGCAAUGCACUUUCAUGAUGCACUCUUUGUAAAUGUCACACCCAAUGUGAUCCUCCCCCACUCGGCCUCACGUCUACUGCAGAUGUGGGUCGAGAUUGUCGCUAUGUACCGCAAUGCCGUGGCACAGGCGAAGGAAGCAGCGACACAAAACAAAAACACACACUCAUUUUUUGACUUUUGUGCCGGUAGACUGGACCUCCUGUAUCUGCAUAUGGCUAUGCUGCUCGAGCCCAAGCUGUACAAGUUCAUCUUAUCGGACAAAAUUCCGAUCUCGGAACCUUUCGGAAAAAGAAAGACCAAGACACCAGUAACUACAGCACUCGCUACUAAGAAUGGCAAACCAGAAGAAGCUAUCAAGGACCUAGCACAUUCAGCAGAAAAACCACUGCCUGGAAAGGUAAAUGUGAAGUCUGUGCCUACUUGCGCGUCUACUCAUGCUGCUACUGCUACAAUUACUCCUGUUAUUGCUGCUACUAUUUCUACUGCUCCCAGCAAUGCAGUUGCUGCAGCAGCAACAGCAGCCACUCACUCGAAAUCAUCUAGAGUACCAACACAAAAUCCGGAGAUGGAAGAAGUUCAGACAGUCGCAGGCUCCAAUGCUCCAGCAGUUGCCGCAAAGCUGCCGCAGCUGGCUAUAGCCAAAGCUAGCACGACAGGAAUGAAAGCAAAGCAGACAAAACAAUUUGUACUUCCUCAUACGCCGGCUGCCCCAACAAAACCUCAGCAAACAAUUGGCCAAGGGAAGGCACGAAACGGUGCAGGGGUUGCAGAAUUGGCGAAAGAUGCGAAGGCAAAGGUUUCGCCGUCAAGGCCGAAACCGACGGCGUCUCAGCCAAAAGCUGUAGCUGCUAACAAGCCUUCCCAAAACAAGUCUUCUGUCGGUGACAAACCCGCGGAUGGAAAGAUGUCGUCACUCGGAAAACGGCCACGUGAAGUAGAAAACACAGCAAUUGUUGAGGUUCCAAGCGUGAGCGACAUUGUACCGCACUCGGGCAAGCGGGUGCACACGACAACAACGAUCUCGACAGCUCUUGCUCCGCGACCAACGGACGUGAUGUUGCCUCCCGAUGAGUGGGACAUCCUCGAGAGUCGUCUACGAAAAGUGAACGAAAACAUCGAUCGGUGUCAUCGUGGGCUAGCAAGUGUUGAGAUGACCGUCAGUGAAAAUUACAAGCAGUCUUUGGAAGCUGAUCUGCGGUUUUAUUCCGCCAUCAAGCAGCGGCUACAGGAGCAGCUACUUGUGGUGAUGCAAAGUGGUUAUUAG